CAGGUGUUUCGCGAGGCAUUACACAAGUGAUACCGCCCGAACCUGAUGUUAUUUUCAAAAAAUUUCUUGAAAGUAAACACGGCCAGUUCCUCGAAACAUACAUAAGAAAUAAUGAUGCAUUGCCAUCAUACAGCCCACCAAUAGAUCUUAAAACAACUGUACCUGCUUCCUCUAAAGGUGAUCGUCCUUCAUUAUUACUCCACAAUCUCUCUGGAGAUAAUAGCAUAACAAUUAAUCCAAUUACUCAAGUUACAACUAUUCAGACUGCAAUGAGAAAAGCAAAGAACAACCUGCUAGUUCUGUUGGGUACAUCUGGAUGCGGAAAGACACGAACAUGCUACGAGUUGCUUUGUGAAAACUGGGGAUUAUAUUUUGUAGGUGCACGCAAGGGAAAUGGAGGUUCGGGUGAUAUUGAGGAAAUUGAAAAUUACCUUUGGAAAAAUAGUAAAAUAACAGAAAAUUUUGAAGAUAAUCGCCGACAUGCAGAUCAUGUUGUUCGUUGUUUAGUUCUUUCUCGAUUGCUUAUAUUAGAUGAGUGUAUCAAAUCAUCAUCAACAUUUAAUCCACAACGCUGGCUCCUGUUACAGACCUGUCAGAAAAUAUUCGGAUCCCUUUAUAAUUAUGCUGAUUAUUUAUUUAAAGUACUUACAUUUAUGCUCACCGAUUGUACACAAGUCUCCUUAGAAAUCAUUGAUACCAUAUACGAUAAAAUAAGUGGAUCUAGUAUCUUUCCCAUAAUUUUUGAUGAAACACAGUCACUCCAAAUGGUACUUAAUGGAAAGUUUCGAUCACGAUAUGAUCCUAAUGAGAAACGCUCACUCAUUUCUCCAGUUAUUCAAACAUUUAAGAGACCAACACCGUUAUUUUCUGGUCAUUGUGCCGUUGCAUGUGGUACUGGACUGGGUCUUCUUUCACUUGGGGAAACUCUUGGAAGUUUAGGAAUUGCGAAGCCAGACCUUGACAUAGAUAAAUUCACAGGCUUUGGAAGGUGGCGGGACAUUGCACAUGUAAAGGAAUACGUUAGUCGUCAAAUAGUACUAACAGAUAACGAAUAUGAUCGAAUUUAUAAACUCUUCCGCGGCCGAUUUCGCCCGAUUAUCACAAUUGUGGAAGAUGUUAUAAUGGGUUUAUCGAUUAAUGAUGCUAUCGAUGGACUUUGGGAAACACUAACACAUAGUAAAAACGGCGAGCAAUCAUUAUAUAAAAAAUUGCACGGCAUUAUUGAGAGGUCACGACCUAAUCAUUUGCUAUCAAAUAAUGUUCUUGAUUUAUAUAAGAGUUUAACGCUCUCCUAUUAUUAUUCUGGAUCACCAUAUUUGUGUACUGAUGAAAGUCAAUUUAAAAUAAUUGAGUCGCAACAAAGCAGGAUGGUACCACCAAUUCGUAAUGUAACCGUACAUAGAGAAUUAACGCCCAUUACACGCACAGCCAAACCGUAUAGGAGCAAUGUACAUAGGGAAUUAACGCCCAUUACACGCACAGCCAAACCGUAUAGGAGCAAUAUACAUAGGGAAGCGGUUUUGGAUGUUUCCGGUCGGUAAAGCCACAGACUGCUUCUGAAUUGCAACACAUAUGUAAUGAUGAAGACAUGUUAAGAAUUAUAAGUGUGAAUAAAGAAGCAUUAAAACCUGCAGUUCCGGGAAAGGAGAUUUUAGUUGCUUACAUUGACGAACCAUUUGCUCUCACUGCAUCUUACAACUUUUUUAAAGACAACGAUAGUCUACCAAAAGAGAUUCUCAAUACAAUGACUAAAGUUAACAGUGCGAGUUCAUGGGGAUUUCUGUGGCAAACAUACCUACCUGGGGAAUUUGAAGGUUAGGGUUAGGGUUAGGGUUA